AUGUCAAAGUGUCGUUCGAUCAUUGUUUUGUUAGUAUUUUGUGGAAUUGCCCUGGUUCAUUGUGGUGCAAAUGAAUCAAAUGUAAGUUCGUCACCAACUGGAUUUUCGUUCGAGAUGAUUAUGACCAAGCUGCAAGAGCUCGAGUUUCACAUCAUGCAGAAAGAUCUUCAAGUGGACCAACGAAUCACUGUACUGUCCUCGAAUGUGGCCAAUUUGGUUAAGUCCGUCGAGCAGUUGUCAUGGGUGGCCCAACAGACUGGAGAAACUGUCAACCAGGUUGGAUUCAAUGGCAAGCAGGUUGCUCACAAUCUGAGUCUCAUCCAACGUGAUCUCAGAGAUGUUAUCGCGGAACAGAGGCUGCUCCUAAGCACCCAACAGUUUGGGGAAUAUUUAAUCCAAGGCGGUUGUAAAAUGAGCAACAUGUCACAGCUCAAACGUGAGAGCAGGUACACAUCCUGCAGAGACGUGCCAUUCCACUUAUCUGGAAUAUACCAGAUUCAACCGGAGAAGCCUUUCAAGGAACCGAUGAGCGUGCUAUGUGAUCAAGAGUACGAGUCCGGAGGAUGGACAGUGAUUCAACAUCGCUUUGACGGUUCGGUGAACUUCUACCGAGGCUGGCAGGAGUAUAAGAAUGGAUUCGGUAGCCUAGAAGGCGAGUUCUGGUUGGGCUUGGAUCGCAUCCAUCAGCUGACCGCAUCAAAACCACAUUAAUUAGUGAUUGUGCUGGAGGACUACGAUGGAAAUAAAACAUACGCAAAGUACGAUCGCUUCGAGAUUGGGGAUGAGAGUCAACAGUAUGUCUUAAAGGCGCUGGGCACUUAUUCCGGAACGGCUGGAGAUUCUUUUAGUGACACAAGUGGAAUGAAAUUCUCCACACUCGAUGCUGAUAACGACACAUGGGGAAAGAACUGCGCGGUUGAGUACACUGGAGCAUGGUGGUACAAUGCUUGCCACAAGAGCGGUCUGAAUGGAAGAUAUUUGCGUGGAGCUACGAAGGAAUCGGCAACUGGAAUGGUUUGGCAGACGUUUCGCGGUUAUGAUCACUCAUUGAAAACUUCAAAGAUGAUGAUAAGAGCAAAGACCUAG